CUUUCUGAUUCAUGGUUAUUUCUGUUCAUGUUAUUGGCUAAUACAAUAUUUUGAAUGCUGAAUUAUUUUUCUGGUCAUGUUUUUGCUUGGAAAACUAAUACCACCAUUCCAGUUAGCUUGUAUUCAAUGGCAUCGAGCACCCAACGAGCCGCUUCAUCUCUUCCUUCAGCUCUUGAAUGGCAGUAUGAUGUCUUUUUGAGUUUUAGGGGCGACGACACGCGCUUAGGUUUUACCGCCCAUCUACUUAAGGAAUUGGAAGAACAAGGAAUUACAAGAACUUUCUUUGAUGACAAUGAUCUUGAAAUAGGAAGAAAAGUUUCUGAAAUCUUCCCGGCAAUUGAAAAGUCGAGGCUUGCCAUCAUGGUCAUCUCUCCAAACUACGCUUCUUCAAAAUGGUGCCUGAACGAACUCGUAAAGAUUCUUGAAUGCAUGGAAGAGAGAGGGGCAAUUAUACCAGUUUUCUACCAGGUGGAACCCUGCGAUGUUGGAGAUAGGUCUGGGAGUUUUGGGAAAGGCUUCACUGAACUCGAACAAAAGUGUAAGAAUGACAAAGAGUGAGAAUGCCGAAGUGAUUUUGGAACAAUGGAAAGAUGCCUUACAAAAAGUGGCAAAAAUCAAAGGGUCUACU